AUGGACAGCGAGCCAGAAAGUAAUGUAAGCAUGAGGGAGGAGAUAGUAUUGAUUUCACUGGCAGAAAAGGUUAACACUGUAGUUUCUGGAAUCCAGGAGCUUGAAAGUGAAAUGAGUACUGGUGCUGAAGUGGAGUCUUUCAAGGAUCACAGUCCUAUAAGUCCAAAAGUGGAUGCUUCAUGUAAGAAUGUUCAAACUUCAGAAGAAGUGGAUCUUGCAGUUGAUGAGACUGAAUUUAAGGUUUCCAUGGUGACUAUGCUGGGAAUUGCUUUGUUGGUUUCGGCAUUAAUUGGAUCCACAGCCUUCAUUUAUGGAAAGAAAAGGAAGAGCACAGCCUCAAAUCCUGCUAUCUCUGUGGUUCAACCAUCGCUGACUAGGAAACUGGAUGCAAGUCCUACUGUGCCAUUUAGCACUGAGCACACUUUCCAGGAAAGACCCUCUUCUUGGAACUGGAUUGGAGAGCCAUGUCCUUCUGAAAUGAGCAACAUCCAAAAGAGCUCAUCGUAUUGCACAAAAGGACUGAAGGCAUUCGAUAAAGCUGAAAGCCAGGAGAUGCCCAGGAAGAACCAUAGGAGAGACAUGUGA